ACAACUAGGAGAGAGAGACCAAAUGAUAGGAAGGUCCACCAAAGUUUUAAUAAAUGAUAUUUUUUAAAGAAAUCUGCUAGAGUUUUAUAAGGCUUCUCUCCGUUGCACACAUUAAACUUGCUAUCUUUUUUACGAAAAAUGGCCUCCAUUAGUCUCCGUGGGAGAGACGCCGCGUUAUUGACGGCGAUGUUGGCGACUGAAACCGGAAAUGUUGUGAUGAAUACUCUGUUUAAAGCAGCAAAUUUAAAAGGCCUUAAUUCUUAUACAUUCCUUGUCUAUUCUUAUCUCAUUGGCUCUCUUGUUCUUCUUGCUCCUCACAUCUUCUCUUACAGAUUAAGAUCACUUCCUCCACUAAGUUUCUCAAUUCUUUGUAAAAUAGGAGUUCUUGGGUUGCUAGGAUCGACGUAUCUAAUCACAGGAUUCAUAGGCAUCGAAUACAGCAGCCCAACAUUAUCUUCAGCCAUUAGCAAUAUCAAUCCUGCUAUUACCUUCAUCCUCGCCAUUAUCUUCAGAAUGGAGAAAGCAUCUUUCAAAGCAAGGAGUAGUGUAGCCAAAAUGGUUGGGACACUAGUUUCACUAGUUGGUGCACUUGUGGUGGUUCUCUACCAUGGUCCACGUGUCUUCCCCUCAUCUUCUCCGUCGUUUCUACAACUCCGUCAGCUUCUUCCGUCAUUAUCAUCCUCAAACUCCGAUUGGAUCAAAGGUGGUUGUCUUUUAGCCAUCAAAGACACCCUCGUUCCGGUUGCUUUCAUUCUCCAAGCACACAUAAUGAAGAUAUAUCCAGCACCAUUCACGGUCUCGUUCUACUAUUUUCUGAUUGCUUCAUUCUUGACGUCAUUGAUCGGACUCGUAGCAGAAAAGAACAAUCCGAGCGUAUGGAUUAUUCAAUUUGACAUUGCAUUAGUUUGCAUAAUUUUUGGGGGAAUAUUUAAUCCAGGAUAUUAUGCUAUUCAUCUGUGGGCUGUACGUAACAAAGGACCUGUUUACUUAGCAAUAUUCAGACCUUUAUCGAUUUUAAUAGCAGUAAUUAUGGGAGCGAUUUUUCUUGGCGAUAUUUUUUACCUCGGAAGUUUGGUCGGGGGAAUUUUGAUAUCAUUAGGGUUUUACACUGUGAUGUGGGGAAAAUCAAAAGAAGAGACCCAAUUAUUGUAACUUUUAGAGGAAGCUCCUCUGCUAAUCAAAAACAUAGACGGGCAAAGAUAGAUUUAAAAGAAUAUAUGUUUUAUUUUUUUGUUAAAAUACAUUCAAUUUAAAUUGCAAA